AUGGCAGCCAACCUCCCUGGCUUUUACUAUGAUAGCGAACGCCGACGUUACUUCCGCAUUUCUGAAAACCAAAUCGUUUCUAGCGGAGGAUCGACGAGCCAGUACAACAAAGACAAUAUAAAGCGACAACGGGCUCGGGAAGGAUACAAUAAGCAACUUUCAGUGAUAAAAAAUAAACGCCAGCAAACAUUGGAAAAGUAUAAGAAUAAUCUUCUCAAUCCUUUAGAAAGAGCUUUUCGACCAAUAUUCUAUGGAAAGUACACGGACGGUCUGAGUCUGCAGUCUGCAUUCCUCUCUCGCCGUGAAGAUCAUCAGUCACAUCGGCCUCUGUCUGCAGGAUUGCUCAAUGUUCCAAACAGAAUGCAGAUAGGAAUGCUGGCAAACUGUGUCUUAUUCGUUACUAAAGAAGGAUCUUUUCAAGAUAAAAUAGCAUUUGCCACCAGCAGGGGUUGUGUCGCAGGUUUUUCAUCUCUCAGUAAUUAUUCCGAAGAAACCUUCUUCAUUAGUUUUUCCAUGGCUGAAUUCAAUCCUGUACUAAAAUAUAAGAGCGAACCAACCGAUGCUUUUAGAACAGUGAAGCUAGAGCGAACAAUUGUCACCAAAGAGGGAUCAAGCAAUUACCUCUACCAUAAUGUUAAUGAUAGGUCUAACGUGCAUACUUUUGUCAUAUUUAUGCAAGACCUUUUAUCUCUAAAAGUGCUUAAAGUUCGUCAAGUCAAACCCAAAAAAAAUGACUGCAUAUAUGAUUCUCUUGUCGUCGGAUGCAACUUGAUAAUUAGCGUAAAUGAUUGCUGUCAUUUCUAUAGUUUGACUCCUGAAAUACUUCCCAAACCAUUUAUCUUUCUUCCCAAGAAAGGUUCAAGUAAAUCCAAAGGAGGAAGUGACAUUACUUCUUUAUCAUUUUGCAUUCAUGAAGGUUCUUUGCCACCGCCAUCGAAAAGACUGAACUCGGGGGUAUUGUAUAUAGGUUUCAGAAACGGUGAUUCGGUAGCAAUAAAAUUAAAGCACAUUCGAAAGACGACAUUGUUACAGUACUUCGAAAACAACGAAAAGAAAGUGGAAAACCAGACCCAAUUUAUCAAGACUACUUUCAAAUCUAUCGUUUCUAUUAAAAAAUUGAAUAGCAAGGGCUUAAUCAUUUUAUCUGGAAUGACUGAGGGAGAGGAUACACAACGAAUAAUAAUUAUUGAUACCUUUCUGGAAGAAACCUUGGUAAGAAAACCGACCGUAUCUUUCAGGACUAAGUUUUUAAAUGUGACUAAAGAUACAGAGCUAUUUGAUGUAACUGAUGACGGGCAUUAUUUUAUUUACGGUUCAACCAGUGCUAGGGAUGGAAAGGGUGAUUUUGAGGUAUUUAGCACCAUCUUAUCUAGAAAUCUAGAUUACGAAAAAUCAGAAAAUGGAAAUAUCACCAUGUAUCCAAUUAGAGUUAUGAGAGACUACUGCGGGUCAAAAGGCUCUGAGUCUGAGUUUAUUCAUCUACAUUCGGCGUCUUUACCGCCAAGGCAUGCGACGAUUAGUAAUUCUAUGGAAACUGCGACUAGACAGAUUAGUCUCUCAUCGCAUGCUUCCUCUGAAAAUAUAUCCCUCCAAAAAAUAUCUUUUUUGAUCAGAAGAGAGGACAGUCCGUACAAUGGAGCGAAUAUCCUUGUCACCUCGACCUUGGUGUAG